AUGGCGGCUCCACGGAUUGAGCACUAUACAACAGACGUUCACGCCCACUGGGAAGGCGGUCUUGCUAAAGAUUGGUCCGAGGUUGAUCUACUCGGAUAUGAGACUGCCACAGAUCGGAUGUUCCGGGAGUUGUGUGAAAAUCCCGACGCUGCUCUUGUCCAAGUUGGCCAUAGAUCAAAACUGAUCAAUGAUCACGGCCAUGACUAUCGGUUUAAUGGAAAAUUCACAAGUGACCAGAGUCAACCAGAGCACAGUCACCAUGAAUACAACCACUUUGGGAAGUUGAUGAAAUGGGAAGGGGAUCGUUGGUAUAAAUAUGACUUUGAAGUGGAAGUGACUGAUCACAUCAGGCCUUAA